GCUGCGCGUGCGGUUGUACCUGGCUGCGGUAUAUAAAGGCGGUCAGCGGUCAAAAACCACAACGGACAAACCGCUGAGAGCGUCAACGUCCUGUCAGUUAGUCCCCAAAACCUUUCAAUCCUCCCCCCAACUUACCGGCAUCUGUGACCCCUCACAAGCCGGCCGAGAGGGGGGUCCAGCGCGGGGCGAGACAGCAAGGACCGACCAGCAUGGACCCCCAAGCGAAAGAUCGAACCAGCCCGGCGACGGGGGGCUUCAGCGGGCGCCUGGCCUCUCUGGGAGCCGACGGGGGUGACUCGGAGUCCGGAGCCGGGUCGGAGGAGGCUGCCGUGGGCUGCUGCAGCGAUACGUUCAGCAGCCUGCCCGACAUGGAGCAAGAGACGCUUGAGGAGAAAUUGAGAGGACUGGCGUUCAGAAAGCAGACCUCGUAUCGGAAGGCGAUCUCCCGCUCGGGCCUCCAGCACCUCGGCCCACCGCAGCCCUCCCUGCCUCCCGCAUCCAACGGGCCCAACAAGGAGCUCCGUACCGGCGUGGACUGGACGGAGAACGCAGUGAAUGGGGAUCACCUGUGGAUGGAGACGAGUUGUUCAGGAGAGCUCUGUUAUCUCGGAGAGGACGCCUGCCUGUUGAAGACUGCAAAGUCGGCCCCCAGGAGGAAAUGUGCUGCCUGUAAGAUCGUUGUUCACACUGGCUGCAUAGAGCAACUGGAAAAGAUUAACUUCCGAUGUAAGCCAACCUUCAGAGAGGGAGGAUCCCGGUGCCUCAGAGAUCAGAACAUACUGAGACAUCACUGGGUUCACAGAAGAAGACAGGAGGGGAAAUGCAGACAGUGUGGCAAGAGUUUUCAACAGAAGUUCUUCCACAGUAAAGAAAUUAUCGCCAUCAGUUGUUCCUGGUGUAAACAGGCUUUCCACAAUAAGGUGACGUGUUUCAUGCUGCACCAGAUUGAGGAGCCAUGUUCACUGGGGGCCCAUGCUGGAGUCAUAGUACCACCCUCCUGGAUCAUCAAAGUCAGGAAACCACAGAGCUCACUUAAGAACUCUGCCAGGAGAAAAAAGCGGACAUCUUUCAAACGAAGGACAAGCAAGAAGGGAUUGGAUGAGUCUAAAUGGCGUCCGUUCAUGUUGAAGCCUCUCCCCUCACCUCUCAUGAAGCCCAUCUUGGUUUUUGUCAAUCCCAAGAGUGGAGGCAACCAGGGUGCCAAGGUGUUACAGAUGUUCAUGUGGAUCUUGAACCCUCGACAGGUGUUUGACCUGUCGCAGGGCGGGCUGCGAGAGGCGUUGGAGUUGUAUCGGAAAGUGCCAAAUCUGAGGAUCCUUGCCUGCGGAGGCGACGGCACAGUGGGGUGGAUCCUGUCCACUCUAGAUGAGCUGCAGAUGAACCCCCAGCCUCCGGUCGCUGUUCUUCCUCUGGGAACAGGAAAUGACCUCGCCAGGACGCUCAACUGGGGUGGGGGUUACACAGAUGAGCCGGUGUCCAAGGUCUUAUGUCACGUGGAGGACGGUUCGGUGGUGCAGCUGGACAGGUGGAACCUCCUGGUAGAGAAGAGUGCUGUGCAGCCAGAGGAGGGCACACAGAAGCUGCCUCUGAAUGUGUUCAACAACUACUUCAGUCUGGGCUUCGAUGCUCACGUCACCCUGGAGUUCCACGAGUCCAGAGAGGCCAACCCCGAGAAGUUCAACAGUCGCUUCCGCAACAAGAUGUUCUAUGCAGGAGCUGCGUUCUCAGAUUUCCUGCAGAGGAGCUCCAGGGAUUUGUCGAAGCACGUCAGGGUGGUGUGUGACGGUACCGACUUAACUCCUAAGAUCCAGGAGCUGAAAUUUCAGUGCAUUGUGUUUUUAAACAUUCCCAGGUACUGUGCUGGCACCAUGCCGUGGGGAAACACAGGUGACCACCGGGACUUUGAACCGCAGCGCCAUGACGACGGCUGCAUUGAGGUUAUUGGCUUCACCAUGGCCUCAUUGGCAGCGCUACAGGUCGGCGGUCACGGAGAGAGGUUGCACCAGUGCAGAGAAGUCGUCCUUACUACCUUCAAGACUGUACCUGUUCAGGUGGACGGUGAACCUUGUCGACUGGCUCCCUCCACUCUCCACAUCUCCCUCCGAAAUCAGGCCAACAUGGUCCAGAAGAGCAAGAGACGCACCUCUGUGCCCCUGCUCAAUGAUCCUCACGCAGUUCCAGAUCGUCUGCGUCUACGAGUGAAUCGGAUCAGCCUCCAGGAGUACGACCGACUGCAGUACGACAAAGAACGACUACGGGACAUCUCCAUCCCAGUUGGCAUCGUGGUGGUGAGGGGGGACUGUGACCUGGAGACAUGCAGACUCUAUAUAGACAGAUUACAAGAGGACUUACACCAGGCGCCAUCUACUGGCCACAGAGUGCACUAUCAGGACGAGAGCAGAGGCGUCCCCAGGACCAGUUCGACCAGUAGACUCUCUCCCAACUGGAGCUUCUUGGAUUCCACAUCAGCUGACCGCUUCUAUCGCAUUGAUAAGGCUCAGGAGCACCUGCACUUUGUGACAGAAAUUUGUCAGGACGAGGUGUUUAUCCUGGACCACGAGGGGCCAGUGGCGAGCCAGGGAGCGUCCACGGGGAUGCCCGAUCUGGUAGUGGAACCGACUGCCGGUACUCCCUUGACAUCUGAUGAACAAGCCCUGCUGACAGCUGCCAGUACAGGAGAUCUCUCUACGCUGUCAGAGUGCGUCCAUCGAGGCGUCAGCUUGCUGGUUAGAGACGCUGGAGGCUGCUCAGCGUUACACAUAGCUGCCCAGAACGGACACACUGACCUGGUCAGCUACAUACUGCAACAGGGCUCUAAGGUGCUUCUGGAUUUGACAGACAGAGAGAAAGGGGACACUGCAUUGCACAAAGCCGCCUCCGAGAAGCAGCAUGUGGUGUGUCGGCUGCUGGUGGAGGCCGGGGCGUCGCUCGAGAAAACCAACUUCCAGGGGAAGACGCCAGCGGACCAAGUGGAGGGAGACUCGGAGCUCGCCACCUACCUGAGCGCCCAACAGCACACAUCUCCCACCACCCACGAAGACUUGGAGACGGCUGUCUGAGGCGCACACACUCCCACACACACGCACACGCACACACUCCCUCUCUUGACUCUGCACACACUCGCAUCGGAGACGAAUCUGGGAGAGAAAAAUGUAGUCUGAGUCUGGAUUUAACCGGAGUGUCUCCGCAGACGAGAAGUGAACUGCUUCAGCUCGCAGCAGCUCUGCAGAGGAGAUUUUAAUGGUCAACUAUUUAUUUGUAUUUAUUUAUUCUUAUUCUAUUUAUUGGUUGUGCUGAUCGAUUGACUGAGCGAUUGACCGCAGGACUUUUAACGGUUGAGGAUGCAAGUGCACUUUGAGCAGGGUCGCGAGUUCACGAAAACAUGUUUAUUUUGCUCACAGUUCAUAUUUUAAGAAGUUUACUCAGUAGGAAGUGUUGAAAAUAAUCAAUAGGACAUAAAGUUUCAUUUCAGAAGUGAUGGAAAUACUAAAGGCUUGUAUGUUCAGCCCAUAAAACCUGUGUGCCAAAGACAUUGCACUGAUGUGGUGUCAUAUCUAUUUCAGUAAUGUUCCCUCACAGCGCUUGAUCCUCAUACAUCCCCCAAACUGCUUUGAGACCAAAUUAUGUAAAGAUGAUGUUUCAUUCAUGCUGUUUCAUUCAGGAUGCACAUUACUGGGUCAACGGAGGACUUUGAUAACAUUACGAAGCUCAAGAAUCAGAAACGAUCAGACCUUUUAGAGCAGCUUUAAAUGCGUCACGCGUACACACAAAGACACCGGAAGCUGACACCGAGCUCACAGGCAGCAAGAUCAAAGACAGAAAUAAAGUAAAAACAUGAAUGAUGAAGAGUCCAGACUGUGACUCAGCUGUUCUGAUGCUGAGGGAGGUGUUAUCACCGGGUCACGGGAUGAUUCAGGGGAUAAAUAUAUAUCUCACCAGAUGAAAUUGAUUUUUUUCUGACUUUUUGAAAAUGUAAAAUAUUUUGACCUUCUCGGGACUCUAAAGCUCCUCGGAGUCUCUCUUUGGUCCGGCUGCUCCCGGCAGAUAUCGAUCGCUUUUAAGGUGUCAAAAAGUUUUGCUUGUUCCACAGUGUGUCGGCCAUUCGUCCUUAACCUCCAUCACAGAACAUGUGACCCGCUGCCGGACCUGACAGCUCCUGCUGCAAAAUAUUUUUUAAAAAUCAGAAACAUACAAAGAAGACAAACCAUGUCGACUUUAAAAAAAGACUCUUUUUUUUUAGUUUUUGUGGUCGUCUCUUAAAACCCAGACUUUUUUACUUAAUGACCCUCAACAAUCAUCAGCAUCUUGUUUUCACUGUUUCAUUCCACCACGUGUUGGACUUGUUGUCGCUUCCAGGAGUUUGACUGGUUUGAAUAUGGACGGCCGGCAGCUGAUGUGCACAUGUGGUUUCUUAGAUUUAAACUUUUAACAUAGAGUUAUUGUUGUCGUCGUGGAAAAAGUCUCUGAAUAGAACUGUGCCAUAUGGAUAAAAAACAUUUUUAAGAUAUUUAUAUAUUAGUAUAUAUUACAAUAUGGAAAAUAAAUACAAAAAAUACAAAGAAAAUCAUCAAACAACUUCAGAGACAACUGAUGAUUUCAAACUUCCAAUCAGUUUUAAUUUGUUUGUUUCUAAUUACAGUUUCCUAUUCAUUUCCAUUCAUUUUAAUGAAUUAAAUAAAAAAGAUCUUUGGCUUUUGGACUGUUUGUCAGAAAAAAAGACAUUUGAUUAAUCUAGAAAUGAAUUGAUAUUGAAAAUGAUCUUUGAUUGUGGCCGUAAUUCAAAACAUCAAAGGACUGAAGGAAAACUUUCCUUAGACCUAAUUAUUUUAAAUCAACUUAAAAUGUUGCAUCCAAACUAAUUUUUUCAAACUAGUUCAGAACCAUCACUGACUGAACCAGGUCAGACUUCUUUAUAAUUUUAGUUCCACCAUAAAUUCUUGCGCAGGCAUUAUUGAACGUUCAGUAAGUGCAGCCAGUUGAUUGUGGACACACCAGACUGUGUUUAAAAAACAGGCGAUUUAAAGUGAAACCUUCUAAUUUUCAAAUGUUUGACUCCAGCUGCCGUCACACAAAUAUUUCAACUUUUCACAGCGCUCAGUUUGUAUCUGGUACUCCUGACGCAACAAGGCUUGUCACAUGACGCUUGUGCGCAUAUGUGUGUGAGUGUGUGAGUGUGUGUGAUGAUUUCCCCUUUUCAUAUCAAAUCCGAAAGGAGAAGUCAGAACAGCUGCAACAGAAAGAGAAGCUUCCCUCUCUGUGCAGCCUGAACAUAACACCACUCUGUGUGUUGCAACAUUGCGUGUGAGUGUUUCAUGUGUGCAUGAGUCUUUUAAUGUGUAUCUCAAGUACACAUGCCUGUGUGUGUGUGUGUGUGUGUGUUUGCAGCAUUUAUCCAAGAAGAAAAGAAAAAAUCUGAGCCAUAUUCAAUGCAAUAUGAAUAGAUGACGUCUUUUUGCAUUUCUCUAUUAAUUGUUUACAUUACAUUAAUGUUUUUAACAUAGUCGACCAUUUAGCACCGAGGAGUAUUGAAUGUGCAGUUUUACUUGAGUGCUGGUUGGGUUUAUGAUUGUCUAGUAUUUUAUUUCUUUCUUCCGUGUGCAUGUAUGUCAAUGGACUGAACUUUGAAGCAACCCUGUGAGGUCUCUUUUGAUAUAACCUGUUGUUAGCUAAAUGCAUACACAAAGUAGGAACUGCUUUCCCAAACGUUGACACAGACUCAGAUGUAGCCAUCGUAGAAGUCUGGCUUUUGAACAUGUAGGUUUGGUUCAGCUGCUGCAAAGAUUCACAGUAUUACUCAAGACUUAUACUUGCGUUCCAUGUUUCCACCAGGCUUUUGUCAUUCCUCUUGCACGAAUUUCAUUUCAACACAGAUCUUUUGUUGCAACACUUCUCAAUCAAGGUCCGGUUACUGGUUAUCUUCCAGAGCUUUCAGCCACAUUACAUGGCCUUCCUUGAUGUGGCUGAAAGCUCCAGAAGUUCUGGUCUAACUGCUGUUUCCAAGUGAUGAACCUUCAAGGUUAGCUUUUCAGCAUAGAGAAGUGUAAACUCUAAAUCGUCCAGCUUGUCAGCGAUAACAUGAUGCUAUAUAUAGAUCUAUUUGUACAUAGAUCUAGAUAUACAGACAGACAGAUAGAUAUAGAUAUAUGUAUAUUUAGAAAAGUUUCUGUACUAGUGCCGAUGCAGUACCUGAGCUUCCUGAGCUAUUUGCAAAUAUGAAUAUGUUUUUCUACAAAGCUCUUUUUUCCAUUCAGUAAAACAAACUUAAUUAACAUGGACUAAUUCAAUAAUUAGUCAUAUAAAGGGGCAUUAAAUGCACUAAGUGGUUGGUGUGUGGUCAGCCUGUGAAAACAGUCGUAUGAUGUGUAAAGCUUGUGAGAACCUGACCCUGACGACCCCCACCAGGGACUGAAAGCCUGUCGGCCUCUGCUGUUUUGACUUCAAACUCACCGUUUUUAAGACCGGACAGUUUUUUCUGAUUGUUCAGCUGCUAGCAUGAUGAAGCACUGUUGUUGCUAUGGUUACCUCCUGUUCAAUAGGCAUCAUGCUAAGAUUUGCUGGUAAAGCUGUUGCCCCGAAGAUGAAAACACAUUUUUAAUAGACUCUUUCCAGCCAAUCAGAAGCCAUUUUUUUCCAAGGCCACAUACUGUAUGAUUAACACUGAAUGAAAUUUGAGUAUUUGAAGCUGUUUUAAAUGUUUAAGUCAGGGGCAUUGAAGUAUAAAAAGUAGAAUAAUUAUGUUUCUUACCCAACUGUGAUGGUUUUUUUAUUGUUAUUAUUUUAAUCCAAAAGUCACAUGACAAUCUCUGCUUUUGUUUAGUAUAUAUGGGAUGUUCUGCUGCUGCACUUCUGAGUAAUUCCUUAACUAAAUCCACAUUUCGCGCCUCUCUGAUCGGAUUUCCCUCUCAGUUUUUCCCACUAAUGUUUCCGAUGCAGGACUUCUACGAUGGCUGCCACUGUCCACCUCCACCACUGAGACCUCCUCUGAGUGUGUGUGGAGACGAUAAAACAGACGAAAUGUGUGUAAAUGAAGCCCUUCAGCUGAACUGUCUGUGAAUGGUGAUGACUUUUUCUAUGAAGUGACCGUGGAUAUAAGCUAGGCCCGCUCUGAGUGACAUGCACACACGCUUCUUAUCACUCUUUCUAUUGAGUAGAAACAUGACUUUGUAUUAAAUUGUGUCUCUCAUCAGUGUUGGUUAUGCAUGGCAUUUUCUUACCUCCUUGGGAUUAUUUUCUGGUAAUGGCAUAAAGGAUGGCAUUAUUGUUGUUUAAAUUAUUAAAUUAUUAUAGUUUUAAUUGAUUUUGACCUGAGUUUCCUCUUAGGUUUGGAUGUUUUCUUUUCUUUUGCUUUUGUAUUUCUUAUUUUUCUGCUGAUGAUGAUGGAAUUACUUGAAGUUUGUUGUUUUAUUUUAUUAAUUUGUUAAAAGAAUAUGUGAUGCUGUAGUUUUGCCUCUGACCUUAUUUCCUGUUUGAAUGAUUGUUGGGGAAAUCUACUAAGUUACUAAAC